GACUUACGGACAGCGUCAGUGUGCAGAGAAUUGUGAAGAAAUACCUGAAUAUAAGUUGCAUAGCAAAGCAAUAAAUUUUGAGAGAUGCGGUUGUUGACUUUAACUCUGCUGUGGCUUUUGGGCACCAGUGAAGCAGCACUCACUACGGAAAUGUUUGUGCAAUCAGAACCAGCUAACAAUCCAACAACAACAGUGCCGAACAUUGUUAAUGACACGCAGUCAAAAAUAGAAUUUUCUUCUGUGCAGGAUAAAAAUGUGGCUGGCGAUAAUGAAGUCGUUGAUGCAGAUGAGGCUGCAGCAGCUGAGCAUAUGGCAACUGCUAUUGUAGCACCACUGACUCAUAUCGCGCACGUCACCUACGAUUCCGUGCCAGUGACACACAAGCCCAACGAUCACAAGCCGCUGUUUCAUCGUGAAUCGCACGAUGAGUUGAUUAAAUUGUAAAAAAGCACAACAAUGAAACGAAAUAAAAUGUCUAC